GUUCUAGAUUCUUCUAACCUAAUAUCAGGCUGAGGUUCACUAACAGGCUGAGGUUCGCUAGUACUACCAUAUUCAUAACCAGUUUCCCCAUGAAGGUACCAAACUUUAUAAUUACGUGAAAACCCUUUCAUAUACAAAUGAGUCCAAGCAUCAAAUUAUUUUAUAACCUUAUUAUUAUUGCAAGAAGAGCAGAGACAUCUUAACAUACCACUUUUUGCAUCCGGUUGCUGUUGAACAAGCCUCAUGAAUUCUCCAAUCCCUUGAACGUAUUCUUCCGUAAGCAAAUUGGUGUUCGGAUCCAAAUGAGGUUUAUCCAUCCACGAACGAUAAUAAACUUCUGAAGACAUGAUUUUCACGGAAUUGUUAUGACUAAAGAGAAUGAAGAGAGAAUAGUGUGAAUGAGUUGAAUGAGGAGGGGUUGUAUUUAAAGGAAAUUGCUUACAGACCUCCGACGACUUUCCGACGAAAUUUCGACGGAUGUGAAGCAGUCCGUCGGAAUUCCGUAGGUAUUGUCCAAUCUCAAACGGCUAUAGAACGGUCAUAUAUAUUUGUCGGCAACGGUCACAUGGUUCGUCGGAAAUUCGUCGGAAAAUACCGACGGAAUUCCGACGACUUUACUGUUAAUCGGAAUGUCGUCGGAAAUUCGUCGGAAUAUACCGACGAACUUCCGACGACUACAACGGUUACAUUUUUUAUCGGAAUGUCGUCGAAAAGUCGUCGGAUAAUUCUGACGAACAUUGUUUCGUCGGAGUUCCGUCGGAAAUGGCCGACGGAAAUCCGACGACUUCAUUUUUUUGGAUUUGGUCGGUAAUCCGUCACAAAUCCGUCACAAAUGUCCGACGACAUUGGGGUCCGUCGGAAUCUCCGUCGGAAUUCGGCGUGUUUUGUUGUAGUGCAAGUAAGAAAACUCCACCGAGCAAAGAGUUCAAAAACAUGAUGAAACUAACAAAGAAUCCACCAGCACCUAUCUCAAAUGCCUCAACUCCAAGAGUGUACAAGCCAGCUUCAAAACCCACUCCAUUGUCUACGGUGAAGAAAGAAAACGUCUCUUCUUCUUUACUGAGAAACAAACAAACCGCUUCAAAGUCGUUGCAUAUGUCUAUGAGUCUUGGUCCAUCUACAUCUGAUCCUAGUGCUCUUACAAGCACUAGAAAGUCAUUGAUUAUGGAGCGAAUGGGAGAUAAAAACAUUGUGAAACGUGCCUUUAAAACAUCCAAAAGAGUUAUGACUUCACAAGUUCUGUCGACGAGCAAAAGCCGAGUCCUGCAAAGGCAACUAGUAUUCCAUCAUGUCAGAAGGAAAAUGGCAGGCCUACAAAAUCAAGUAGCCUGGAGAAGAGAAGUGGUUCUAGUGCUAUUCGUUCUUCACUCAAAAGCAACAACACUGCUGAGAACAAACAAAAGGAGCUUUCCAAAUCUGGUGCAAGACCUGUAGAGAAGACACGCUUGCUGAAGAACUCGAAGGUUUACAAAAGUUUUUUUACUUAGGAAGAUAUAUAUAUAUAUAUUUGUUAGAGAUAAACAUGAAGUUAACUUAGAGAAGAAGUUAAAGCAAUCCUAAUGUAUUUAGGAAAGUUACUUCCUAAGAGUUUAGGAAAUAUGGAAACAUUAAUCUCUAUAUAAAGUAUAUGCAAGAGUGUUGCAUAACAAGAGAGUUUUAGAGAUUGAUAUUGUGCACUUAAGUUUUGAGAAGUUUCUUAAGAUAAUAAAGAAGAGUUUCUUUAUACUGAGUUCAUAUACAAUCUAAGGCUUAUAUUUGGUAUCAGAGCCAAUCGAUCAAGAGACAUGGGUGAUUUGGUUACUACAACGGUUAAGAAGGAUGGCGGAGCAUCCUCUAUCAGUUGCCCGAUGCUAACAGCAACUAACUACACCGUGUGGUCAAUUCGAAUGAAGCUUUUACUUAGGGUUCAUAAGGUAUGGGAGAUAAUUGAGAAUGAAUCUGUUGAAAGCGACAAGAAUGAUAUUGCGACGGCUCUUCUGUUUCAGUCCAUCCCGGAAACAAUGAUCUUACAAACCGGAGGACUCGACACCGCAAGGAAGGUAUGGGAUGCGAUCAAAACUCGGUAUGUGGGAGCUGACAGAGUUCGAGAGGCGCGACUACAAACCUUAAUGACUGAAUUCGACCGCUUGAAGAUGAAAGACACCGAAAAGAUUGAUGACUUUGUGGGCAAGCUAUCAGAAUUAUCAUCAAAGUCAGCUGCAUUAGGCGAAAGUAUGGAUGAAUCAAAGCUCGUGAAAAAGUUCUUAUCGUGUUUACCACGUAAGAAGUACAUUCACAUCGUUGCCUCCAUAGAACAGAUGUUGGAUCUGAAGACUACAAGCUUCGAAGACAUUGUAGGUCGUCUGAAAACAUACGAAGAACGUAUUCAUGAUGAAGAAGAAGAUACACAGGAGAGUCAAAGCAAACUCAUGUACGCUAAUUCAGAACAACAUCCACAACGCGACUAUGGUGAAUACAGAGGGCGUGGUCGAGGUGGCCGAUAUUAUGGCAGAGGAAGAGGACGCGGUAGGUCGUAUUGGGACAGUCGAGACGCGACAAAGAUCAUAUGUUAUAGAUGUGAUAAAAUAGGACACUUUGCAGCCUCAUGUCCUGAUAGAUUACUCAAGUUACAAGAGACAACUGAGAGUAGGGAUGGAGACGAAACCCAAGAAGCCGAUAGACUCAUGAUGCAUGAAAUCGUUUACCUCAAUGAACGUAAUGUGAAACCCAAAGAGUUUGAAUCCAAUACCGAUGGCGAUAGAAUAUGGUAUUUAGACAACGGAGCCAGUAAUCACAUGACUGGAAAUCGAAGCUACUUCAAUGAAAUAGACGAAACAAUCACUGGAAAGGUUCGGUUUGGAGAUGAUUCAAGAAUAGACAUUAAGGGAAAAGGAUCUAUUUUGUUUAUAAGUCAAGACGGAAAAAGAAAAAUUCUUGCAGAUGUCUACUUCAUCCCAGCACUUAAGAGCAAUAUCAUCAGUCUCGGACAGGCCACGGAAUCGGGAUGUGACGUAAGGAUGAAAGAGAACUACCUGACCUUACACGACAAGGAUGGUAAUAUGAUUGUGAAAGCUUCGAGAGCAAGGAAUCGAUUAUACAAAGUGGUGAUGGAGAUAGAAGAACCAAAGUGCCUACAAACUCAAAUAAAAUGUGAAUUCUCUGUCUGGCAUGCACGUCUAGGACACCUUGGAUACGAUGCUAUGAAAACCAUGGUAAGAGAGGAACUCGUUAUCGGUCUUCCUCAGUUGAAAGUCACGAAAGAUACAUGUGAAUCUUGCUUGCGUGCAAAGCAAACAAGACGACCCUUUCCAACUUCAACCUCAUAUCGUGCAUCUACAAUCCUGGAGCUCGUACACGCUGAUCUCUGCGGGCCAAUAACACCACCCACUGCAGGAAGAAGCAGAUAUAUAUUCGUGCUUAUAGACGAUCACUCGCGUUAUAUGUGGUCUAUUCUCUUGAAAGAAAAGGGAGAAGCUUUCGAAAAAUUUGUACGGUUUAAGAAGAUUGUGGAACAAGAUACCGGUGCAACCAUUAAGACAUUGAGAACAGAUAGAGGGGGAGAGUUCACAAGCUCAGAGUUUCAAGAUUUCUGUGAAGUAUCAGGUAUACAAAGACACCUAACCGCCCCAUACACGCCACAACAGAACGGAGUAGUAGAGAGACGUAACCGAACCUUGUUAGAGAUGACAAGGAGCAUCUUAACUCACAUGCAAGUGCCAAAUUACCUGUGGGGAGAAGCGGUAAGACACUCAACCUAUCUCAUAAACCGAUUAGCGACAAAAACAUUGAGCAGUCAAACCCCGUAUGAAGCGUUCAAAUGCAGAAAACCUAAUAUCCAACAUAUACGAGUGUUUGGAUGCAUUGCGCAUGCUAAAAUAGAGUCAAAGAGCUUGAGAAAACUGGAUAGCAGGUCUCGUACUUUAGUACACCUCGGUACCGAGCCCGGCUCUAAAGCAUAUAGGCUAUUUGAUCCUACACAGCAACGAAUAUACGUGAGCAGAGAUGUAGUAUUUGAAGAAAAUAAAACAUGGGAAUGGAACAGAACUGGUAGUGAAGAAGCCAAGAACACAGGAACACUUACAGUUACGUUUGGAGAGUAUGGGAAUCAAGGACUUGAAGAAUCAAGCAACGUGUUACCUAGCAGCAGUGUUGUACACGAAGAUGGAGUCGAGGAAGAUAAACACAACUCUCAAGAGGAAACCGAUGAAGAAACAGAGCAUUACCAACCUCGAAGGUCAAACAGAACCAGUAAAAUGCCUGCUUAUCUCGAUGAUUAUAUCCUUCUUGCAGAAGAGGAAGGAGAGCGUCUCUUACUUCUGUUGAACGAAGAACCGUGGGAUUUCGAAAGCGCAAUGGAAGAGAAGGUAUGGCGCGAUGCCUGUGAAGAAGAGAUCAAAUCGAUUGUGAAGAACAAGACAUGGGAUCUCGUUGAUCUUCCUCCAGGAGCCAAACCAAUUGGUUUAAAAUGGAUUUUCAAGAUCAAACGAAACGCAGACGGGAGUAUCAACAAACAUAAAUCAAGACUAGUAGCAAAAGGAUAUAUUCAACGUCAUGGUAUUGACUUCGAUGAAGUAUUUGCACCAGUUGCGCGCAUUGAAACUGUUAGGUUCAUUAUUGCUCUAGCUGCAUCAAAAGGAUGGGAAAUCCAUCACUUAGAUGUCAAGACCGCGUUCCUCCAUGGAGAAUUAAAAGAGGAGGUAUAUGUCAAGCAACCUGAGGGCUUUGAGGUAGAAGGAGAAGAAUAUAAGGUAUAUAAACUUAAUAAAGCCUUGUAUGGUCUGAGACAAGCCCCGAGGGCAUGGAACGCGAAGCUCAACAAAGUUCUUGGACAUCUGAAGUUUACGAGAUGUUCGAAAGAACCUGCAUUGUACCGCAAGCAAGAGGGAAAUCAUUGUCUUCUCGUGGCCGUAUAUGUUGACGAUCUUCUGAUAACUGGUUCUGAUCAGGGCCUGAUAUACGAGUUUAAAAAGGAGAUGUCAAGUAACUUUGAGAUGAGUGAUCUCGGGCUAUUGAGCUACUACCUAGGUAUUGAAGUGUAUCAAGAAAAAGGGAGGAUCACAUUGAAUCAGCGAAGAUAUGCAAACAAGAUCCUAAGUGAAGCAGGUAUGGCUGAGUGUAAUGCCACACACACUCCUAUGGAGUUCGGUCUGAAGGUAUCAAAGGCGGCAGAUGAAGAGAGCAUCGACGAUAAAGAUUUUAGACGUAAGAUUGGGUGCUUGCGCUACCUACUCCACACUCGCCCGGACCUAGCAUUCAGUGUAGGACUUCUCAGCAGAUACAUGCACGAUCCUAAAGCAUCACAUGGCACAGCAUUAAAAGCCGUUUUGAGAUAUCUAAAAGGGACGACUUCGUUAGGCCUCGUGUAUAAGCGAUCAAGCGGGAUUGUACUCAAGGGAUUCAGUGAUUCAAGCCACAACAUCGACGAAGAUGACGGAAGAAGCACCACAGGUCACAUAUUCUACCUGAAUGAUUGUCCAAUCACUUGGUGUUCUCAAAAGCAAGAGACUGUAGCUCUGUCAUCAUGUGAGGCUGAGUUUAUGGCUGCAACCGAGGCUGCCAAACAAGCCAUAUGGCUUCAAGAACUCCUAGAAGAAGUUCUUGAAGAAACGAAUGAGAAGGUGGUAAUAUGGCUUGACAACAAAUCAGCUAUAGCACUCACAAAGAACCCGGUCUUCCAUGGUCGCAGCAAGCAUAUACACAAACGAUAUCACUUUAUCCGAGAGUGCAUUGAGAACGAGCUUGUCGACGUCCAACAUAUACCAGGAGCUGAACAAAAAGCAGAUAUUCUAACUAAAGCAUUAGGAAGAAUCAAGUUUAAGGAAAUGAAAGAUCUUGUGGGAGUUCAAGAUGUUGAAGAAGCUAACUUCAAGUUUAAAGGGGAGAAUGUUAGAGAUAAACAUGAAGUUAACUUAGAGAAGAAGUUAAAGCAAUCCUAA